AUGCACGCGACAAGCUUUGCUAUCCUUGCCUCAUGCAUCUCUCAAGCUCUCGCAGCCACCUAUGCCCUCAGUGACAACUACGUCGGCAACAACUUCCUCACGACAUGGGAGCACCAAGCCAUCCCUGACCCCACUAAUGGCAGAGUGAAUUAUGUUGAUCAAGCAACUGCGCUUGCAGACAACUUGACGUUCGUGUCAGGCGACACCCUUAUUCUGAGGGCGGAUGACACCACUGUGCUCGAUUCAAGCGGUCCUGGACGAAACAGCGUGCGGAUUCAAAGCUUGAAGAGUUACACGACGCACGUUUCCAUCAUUGAUGUCCGCCACAUGCCACAAGGCUGUUCGACGUGGCCCGCUUUUUGGGAAACUGAUGGCAGUAAUUGGCCAAACGGCGGCGAAAUUGAUAUCGUAAGCUCCCUUUUCUAUUCGAUUGAGGGUGUCAAUGAUGUGACUCCAAACGCAAUGACCGUGCACACAGGCGCCGCCUGUUCCAUGCCCUCCAGCCGCACCGAGACCGGCACCCCGACGGGCCUUGAUUGCGAUGUCAAUACCGAUGGCAACGAUGGCUGCGGCGUGCAGGCCCCGACCGCAGAUAGCUACGGUCCUCCCCUGAACACCAUCAGCGGCGGGUGGUACGCUAUGGAGCGCACGAACGACUUCAUCAAAGUGUGGUUCUUCCCACGGAACGGAGCCACGCCCCCCGACCUCUCGAGCGGCGCAAGCUCUAUUGACACCGACAACUGGGGCACGCCCACCGCGUUCUUCCCCAACACCGACUGCGACAUUGGCUCGCAAUUCGACGCCAAUAACAUUAUCAUCAACCUGACCUUCUGUGGCGAUUGGGCAGGUAUUUCCUCGAUCUACUCGAGCGCUGGCUGCCCGGGAGACUGUUGCGGGACAGACUUCGUUAACAACAAUCCUGCUUCCUUCGCGAACGCGUACUGGGACAUCGCAGCUGUGCGUGUAUAUGAGUGA